AUGGCAAAUCAUCGUGCCGACGAAAAGCGAUUUCUGGACGAGAGGGGUUCAGGUGGUCCUCUUGCGCCAAACGGACUUAACCCCGCCACAAUCAUGGAGAAGCCAGUUCGUGAACGAAUUAUCGAUAGCUACUUCUGGAAGGAUCAAUGCUUCGCAGUCAAUGAGGCCGACAUUGUCGAUCGAGUCGUAACACAUGUCAAAUUUAUCGGCGGCACAUACGGAGAUGCACAGCGACCUUCACCAUUCCUCUGCCUCGCGUUCAAGCUUCUUCAACUCGGGCCGGGCGAUGACAUCUUGAGAGAGUAUUUGGAGUACGGUGGGGAGAAAUUCAAAUAUCUACGGGCACUGGCAUGCUUCUACAUCCGCUUGACAAGACAGGCGAAAGAUGUUUACCUAUUCCUGGAGCCGUACCUGGAGGAUCGGCGGAAACUAAAGCAGAAAAAACGAAUGGGCACAGCUCUAACUUACAUGGACCAGUUCGUCGAUGAUUUGUUGGAGAAAGAUAGGAUUUGCGCCACUACACUCUGGAAAAUGCCGAAACGGGAGGUAUUAGAGGAUCUAGAGGUAUUAGAAGCAAGAGUUAGUCCACUGGGUGACAUAGAAGAUUUGUUAGAGAGUGAUCCGGAACUAGUCAAUGAGAAUGGGGAAUCUAGGGGGAAAAGCCCGGGAAGUGAGUUUGAGGAAGUUACAUCUGAGUAG